AUGUUAUCUAAAAUUGCUACUAGAUCUUUUUCAUCUUCUCAAGCUGCCGCUUAUAAAGUUACCGUUUUAGGUGCUGGUGGUGGUAUUGGUCAACCAUUAUCAUUAUUAUUAAAAUUAAAUCACAAAGUUACUGAUUUAGCUUUAUAUGAUUUAAGAGGUGCUCCAGGUGUUGCUGCUGAUGUUUCUCAUAUUCCAACCAACUCCACUGUUAAGGGUUAUACUCCAGAACAAUUAUCUGAAGCUUUAACUGGUUCUGAUGUUGUUGUUGUUCCAGCUGGUGUUCCAAGAAAACCAGGUAUGACUAGAGAUGAUUUAUUCAAUACCAAUGCUUCUAUUGUUAGAGAUUUAGCUAAAGCUGCUGCUGAUUAUGCUCCAAAUGCUGCUAUUUUAAUUAUUGCUAACCCAGUUAACUCCACUGUUCCAAUUGUGGCUGAAGUUUUCAAACAAAAGGGUGUUUAUAAUCCAAAGAAAUUAUUUGGUGUUACUACUUUAGAUGUUUUAAGAGCUUCAAGAUUUGUUUCUGAAAUUGCUGGUACUAACCCAGUUAAUGAAAAAGUUACAGUUGUUGGUGGUCACUCUGGUAUUACCAUUGUUCCAUUAUUAUCUCAAACUAACCAUAAAGGUUUAGAUGUUGAAACUAGAGAUGCUUUAAUCAAUAGAAUUCAAUUUGGUGGUGAUGAAGUUGUCAAAGCUAAAGAUGGUGCUGGUUCAGCCACUUUAUCCAUGGCUCAAGCUGGUGCCAGAUUUACCGGUGCUGUUUUAGAUGGUUUAGCUGGUGAAAAAGAUGUUGUUGAACCAACUUUUGUUGAUUCACCAUUAUUUAAAUCUGAAGGUGUUGAAUUCUUCUCAUCUAAAGUUACUUUAGGGGUUGAAGGUGUUAAGACCAUCCAUGAUUUAGGUGAAUUAUCUGAUCACGAAGAAGAAUUAGUUAAAUUAGCUAAAGAAACUUUAAUUAAGAAUAUUCAAAAGGGUGUUGAAUUCGUUAAACAAAACCCAUAAAUUUAAUUUAUGUGUGAUUAACAGAUAUAGUCUUUACAAAGUUAUAUAAAUCAUAUAUAUAGAUAUAUAUAUUCUUUUCUUUCUUUCUUUUAAAGAAAGACUUUUUGAUUAUAAUAUAAUGUAUACAAAAUGAAAUGAUU